CAUUUGCGCACUAUGCGAUUAAUCAAUCAAUGAAUUAAAAAACUCGUCUUUAUUUAUAUUACGAUCGAGCAUCAGCAUGGAAAAGCGCUUUAAGCUUCGAUUAUGAAUACGGGCCAAAAGUCUCAUUACAAAUGCUUCGAAGCAUCUACCGAUCAUAAAAAGGAUACAGAGAGGAUACCUUUCAAGAUAUAAUUUGAGAUACAGCAAGUGGCAGAUUUCCUUCGAAAAGUUUUUCAACAAAUACGAACGUCAAAGUUGCGAUUUGUUGACUUAAUUAUAUGUUGCAAUAUGUUUAUUAGCCAAUUAACUCUGACGAUUUCACGACUAGUCAGAGGUGAUUUGACAAAUAUUAGGCAAAUGAGUGCUGCGGUUAACAACAACUGUGUCAAAUCUCUAUUGUACAAAGAAUACGGUGAUCCUAUUGAGGUUCUUCAAAUAACGACAGAGACAAUAGAAAAACCAGCAGACGAUCAAGUUUCUGUAAAAUGGUUAUUUUCACCAGUAAAUCCUGCCGAUAUAAAUACGAUACAAGGCAAAUAUCCUAGCAGGCCUCCUCUGCCAGCAAUACCAGGAAACGAAGGGGUUGGAGAAAUAGUAGCAAUUGGUUCUAAUGUUCAAGAUUUGUGCAUUGGAGAUCGGGUGUUACCAAAUGGACCUAAUUUUGGUAUUUGGAGGACACAAGCUAAUUAUAAUUUUAAAGAUGUCAUGAAGAUACCAAGCGAUGUUGACCUAAUUGUAGCGAGUAUGAUGAAUGUAAAUCCUUGCACAGCCUACAGAAUGUUAAAAGAUUUUAUUCCAUUAAAGCCUGGAGAUACUGUGAUACAAAAUGGUGGCAAUUCUGCAGUUGGUCAAAUGGUCAUUCAGUUAUGUAAAAUAUGGAAUUAUAAAUCUGUUAGUGUUGUUAGAGAUAGACCAAACAUAGAGGAAUUAAAGAAUCAACUGACAAGCUUAGGAGCAGAUGAAGUGCUGACUGAAGAAGAGGUUCGAAAUACAUUAUUAUUUAAAAAUAAAAAAUUGCCUGCUCCCAAAUUAGCUUUGAACUGCAUCGGUGGACAGAGUGCACAUGAAGUAAUGAGACAUCUUGCUCAUAGUGGUACCAUGGUGACUUAUGGUGGCAUGUCUAGAGAGCCAUUAACUGUACCGAUAUCCUCACUCAUUUUUCGGAAUAUAUCAUUGAAAGGAUUUUGGAUGACGGCCUGGACAAAAACAAACAUGGAAUCCCAAGAAAGAGUGGAUAUGUUUAAGAAUUUAGCAAGUUUCUUUAUGAAUAAGAAAUUACAGCCACCUCCAUACAAACUGGUGCCUUUCUGUGAAUACCAAGAAGCUAUAACUAAGGCGCUUAAUUUUGAUGGUCGGACAGGCCUGAAGUAUAUCUUAGAUUUAACAAAAUCUUAAAAAAAUUUUAUAUAUAUAUAAUAUCUUUGUACGCAAAUAUAUAUAUAUAUAUAUAUUUGCAUACAAAGAAUUUGUUUUCUACUAUUUCGUAACAUAUUGUAUUUAAUAGCAUUUAAAAUUAUCAAGGGAGUCCGCAAUAUAUGCAAACUUUUCCAAUGCUUAGAUAAAACUCAAACGAAGAUAUAUUUUGUAAAAGAGUAAGAGUCGUUUUUCAUAUAGGAAUAUUUAUUUCUAAUAUAAAUAUUGGUGUAAAAAGAUGCAAGAAAAUAUAGGAAAAAUAAUUGCAAUAUAUUAUUCAUCUCA